UGCGCAGUAGGCCCGAAGAUGGCGUCCGAAGGCGGCGGUUUGCAGGAAGAAGCGCUGCGGCGAAGGGAGCGGCUGAAGGCGCUGAGGGAACGCACCGGGGCCGGCAGGAAGCAAAACGAGAGUGAGGUGAAGCUGCAGAAAGGCAACAGCCAGGAGGAAGAAGAAGACGCCCCCAAACACAAGGUGCUGAAGUUGCGGAAUUACGUCCCGGAAGAUGUGGAGCUGAAGGAAAGGGUGGUGCCCAAUGCCAAGCCAGCUUCAGUGGAAGACAAAGUGAAGGAACAACUGGAGGCAGCUAAGCCGGAGCUGAUCAUCGAAGAAGUGGACCUGGCAAAUCUCGCCCCCAGGAAGCCUGACUGGGACCUGAAGCGGGAUGUUGCCAAAAAACUGGAAAAAUUGGAAAAACGGACCCAGAGGGCCAUCGCCGAGCUGAUCCGAGAACGGCUGAAAGGCCAGGAGGAAGAGUUGGCCUCGGCCGUCGAUUCGGCCAAGCAGCAGGACAGCGACUCGGAUUGAGGCGCUUUCCAGAAAAAAAGUUCAUCAAAAGAAGGAUCUUCCGCCCGGGAACCCUGGGAGACCUUCAUGAGAACAUCGCCUCGUGGUGGAUCCGAGCUCCCCGAACCAACAGGGAGGCCCUUCAUCCCCACAAAAAUCACGUUUGUUGCAAAAAAACAACACCCCCCCCCUCCGGCUUUCUGCAAACACGCCUCUCGCUCCCCAAAACUGGUGCCUUUCACAUGGGGAGAAGAGAGGAGAUUCUUGAGUCUCUUGGCUGCUACCUCUCCUUCCUCCUGGGACCUGGAGUGACUUUUCCAACGCCAGAGGUCGGCUACAAAACCCUGGCAAAAAUCCGCUGAGCAAAGAUGGGGAUGAUUUGCUCCGGACCGUGCAUUGCUCUUCGGUGUGACUUGCUAAGCGGAUUUUUUUUUUAGUUUUAUUUUUUCAAAUGUUUUCGGUUUUUAAAUUAUUUCCAAAGUUCAAAUACAGAAUAAACGGGGGGGGGGGGGGGAAAGCAACAAGCUAAGCAGUACCAGACAGAAUAAUUUUUUUUAAAAAAACAGAUACAACGAAAGAAAAAUGUAAAAUAUAUCAGUCAGACCAACAAUUGUGUUGAAUUUCUCAUUAUUAUUUUUUUAAACCAGUGUUUCUCAACCUCACUCACUUUGAAGAGGUGAGGACUUCAACUCCCAGAAUUCCCCAAAUAGUUUACAGCUGGCUGGGGAAUUCCGGGAAUUGAAGUCCGCACCUCUUCAAAGUGAGUGAGGUUGAGAAACACUUUUAAAAGCAACAAGCUGCCAGGUGGUUGUUUUUUUUGGCUUUGCCUCCAAAACCCCAACCUGCAAUGUGUGUGUAUAUAUGUGUAUGUGUGUUUGUGUGUGUGCGUGUGCCCCUUAAAAAGCCAUGUUGUGUUCCCCUGCUGCCUUUUCAACCGUGAUUGUGAUGAUGCUUGUUCAAGGACCGAUCGUACUUUUUUACACUUUAAAUAACUCCUACCUGCCAUUCAGUUUUCCUGCAUAUCAAAUACAGAAGAAAUCUUUUUAAAAGUUGCAUGUGUCCUUCCCGCCUUACGGGAAAGAGAUUAUUUUACAAAUUUCUAGGUUUUUUCCUGUCUGUUGUGACCUCGAAAAUGUAUGUGACACACCAGGCUGAUCGGUGCAGAGGCAGUUUAGUCUUUUUUUAAAAAAAAAUAUUAAAAUGUUCUCCAAGCGA